UCAAAUUUGUAUACCAACUUAUUCUUCUUAGCUGACUUUUUCCCUUUCCCUCCCUCUCUCUCUCUCUAAAAAAAACCAUGAUGAUCGGAGCAACACUUCCGGCAACCAAUCUCCAUUUUUUCCAGUCAAGGAGAUCCAGUUUUCGAUGCAACGGGUCCCGGUUAAACCCAUCACCAGCAUCAAUAUCAACAAAAUCAUUAGUAAAUACAAGAAAACACAUUUCGAAUCUCGAAAAGCUAUUGCAGAAUCAGUCAGGACGCUCCGAACUACUCGAUGAUCCGCAGGUAGUUGAGAAAACCACCCGCGAUUUGGCAGGUUCUGUGGAGCCAUUUUUCAAGUCAAACGGGCGAAACAACAGGAAAUGCUGGUUGGAGGGACUAAAUUUGUCCAGAAUUUGGCAUGCACGCCAAGUGACUGAUGAAAUGUCUCCAAGACAUUUGAAUAAACUAAAGAAACUUUUAUCAUCAAACAACGUAGAGUAUUCGCCACGAAACAAUCUUGGUUGUAAUAAAUGGAGAGAAUAUCAUGGUAGUAAUGAUUGGUUAGGUUUGAUUGAGCCAUUGGAUGAGAAUUUACGGAGAGAAUUGGUUCGAUAUGGUGAGUUUAUACAAGAAGCUUAUCAUAGUUUUCAUUCGAAUCCUGUAACGAAUGAAGAAGAAGAGGGUACGAGGAAAGUAGUACUUAAUAAUGAUGAGUCAUAUAAGGUGACGAAGAAUUUGUAUGCAACUUCGUCUAUUGGAUUGCCAAAAUGGGUGGAUGAUGUUGCACCUGAUCUUGGAUGGAUGACACAGAGGUCGAGUUGGAUUGGAUAUGUCGCGGUUUGUGAUGAUUUGAGUGAGAUUCAACGUAUGGGAAGGAGGGAUAUUGUCAUCGCUCUUAGGGGCACUGCGACUUGUUUGGAAUGGGGGGAGAAUUUCCGCGACUUAUUGGUUCAAAUCCCAUCAGAGACAACAGAUGUCGAGCCUGAGCCUGAGCCUGAGUCUGGGUCUGAGUCAGAGCCAGAUGAAGGACAAGCUAAAGUGGAAUGUGGAUUCUUGAGCUUGUUUCGAACAUCCGGUGUUAAUGUACCUAGUUUAGCUGAAUCCGUAGUUAAUGAAGUGCAAAGACUAAUCGAGCAAUACAAAGGCGAGUCUCUGAGCAUUACUGUGACAGGGCACAGUCUGGGUGCGGCCUUGGCCUUACUAGUUGCGGAUGAAGUGAGUACAUGUGCACCGGAUGUGCCACCGGUGGCUGUGUUCUCCUUUGGAGGUCCACGAGUAGGCAAUAGAAGUUUUGCAGAUCGAUUAAACUCAAAAAACGUUAAAGUUCUACGUAUAGUGAACAAUCAAGAUGUAAUAACCAGAGUUCCGGGGAUGUUUGUAAGCGAAGAACUAGACAAAAGGCUAAGGGAAUCAGAGUUUGUUAACAAAAUGCUAAAUGUGCUCGACAAAAGUAUGCCAUGGGCAUACACACAUGUCGGCACAGAGCUCAGAGUCGACACAAGAAUGUCACCGGUCCUGAAACCUGACGCUGACGUCGCUUGUUGUCAUGAUUUAGAAGCAUAUUUACAUCUGGUGGAUGGAUAUUUGGCAUCAAAUUGCCCUUUUAGAGCAAAUGCAAAGAGAAGUCUAGCAAAGUUACUAAAUGAACAAAGGUCUAAUAUCAAAAAGCUUUAUACUUGUAAGCCAAAAGAAUUGAACAUUAUUAAUCUUGAAAGAGAACAUAGUUUCUCUACACCUAGUUGUUUGCCUAGUCCAUCUUCUUGAUACUUAUUAAUUACCAAGAGGAUGUAUACUUCUUGUAAAAAAGAAAAAAUUAAUGAGAAGUAUAUGUUUUCUAUGUA